AUGAAGGCCCAGGCGCUCGAAGCAUACACAGUCCGCGACGUCCUCAAGUCCCGCGGCACGCCGACGCUCCACUACACGGUGAGCGAGGGCAACACGGUGCAGGAUGCCCUGUCGCUGAUGUACGCCCAUGAUAUUGUGUCUCUGCCGGUGUUUGAGCGCAGCAAGGGGGCCGACGGGCGGUACGCAUUCAUUGACAUCGUUUCUCUCUACGAUCUGCGCGACUACAUUACGCUGGCUCCGGGUCUCGAGGACGAAGUGCAGUUCCAGCUGCUGUCGGGAAGGGCGUCAGGCAAGCCCACAGUGCUGCAGGACUCAAUCGAGCAGGUGUUGCGUUCACGCAAGCACGCAGCAAAGGUCAUCAGCGCCGAUGCAUCCCUGGAGGACCUCCUCACGCUGUUCACCAACCACGGGCAGCACCGGGUUCUGGUCAGCAAUGUAUUCGCCGAGCAGCAGCAGCAGAGUGUCCCCGACACAGCGCAUGAGCCGGAGGAGACCGGGUACCUGGGCAGCCGGCGCAGCAGCUUCGACGAAGGCGAGUGCGAGUCGGGCGUGUGCGGGCUCACGCAGUACGACGUGGUAAUGUUCAUCCAGGCGCACAACCACCUGGUCGGAGCGCAGCUCGACAUGUCGGCCGCCGCAGUGGCCUCGCCGCUGGCCAGGCUGGGCGGCUCGGUAUCCAGCGGCGAGCUGCUGGAGCCCUUCCUGACUAUCCGCGACUCGGCCCUUACCGGACUGAAGCGGCUGCGCGACAUCCACACCAGCGCCCUGCCGGUGGUCGACUACGAGGGAAGGCUGGUCACCGAGGCGGCGGGCACGGCCAUGCGUGCCCUGGCCGAAGACAAGAUCGGACUGCUGGGCAAGCCCAUCCUGGCGUUCAUGUUCGGCAUGCACCUGCCGAUGGCCAGCCUGUAUAUCGUCAGCGAGCGGUUCACGCUGGGGCAGGUCAUGGCCGGGCUGCUGCGGAUGAACAGCCGCCGGGCCUGGCUGGUGGACGAGGGCGAGCGGCCGGUUGCAGUAAUCACGCUGACCGAUGUGCUGCGGCAGUUUUUGUAA